GUGAAUCGAGAGCAGGAUGAGCAAGUGCACUCCUAUGCCAUCACCACCUUAAAAGAUUCGCCUGGCCCUUCGUCCGCUUUCUUCUUCUUUUCUUCAGGCUUGACACCUGGCACUUUUUUCUGCUUGCUCCCUUUGCCAAAUUUGUCUUUUCUAUUUGACCAGCAUGUCUGAGUCCUUCACCUUCUGGUUUCCGUCAUCCUGGACGAUGAUCGGCGCCGUUUUCACCAUUUUCUCUUUCUGCCUCGCUUUUUUCUCCGCGUUUGUCAAGCGCGAUUCACUUCACCCUCUGCUGCAAUCGAUCCGCGCCGUCCUAGCAGCAGGCCUCCGGGGAGUACGGAGGGACGUCGCAGCAUUGAUGACUGAUUCGACUGCUCGUGGGCAGACGUUGCACGAAAUGUUGCGGACACUUCGGGGGUUGAGGACCGACUUUCAGGCGCUGGCCGUGAUAGCUCGUGAGACUCGCGAAGCUGUUGAUAGAUCUACGACGCACUCACAGGAGCCAGCAACGCCUGUGCUUGUCGAGAUCUUGGCCGAACUCCGGAAGAUGCAGGGCGACCCGAAGAUCCAGAGGCGGCUCCGGCCGUUCUCCCUUCAGGUUUACUUGGAGGCCCAAGCCGAAGUCCUGGCAAGGGAACGGAUGCAGGCAACUCCCAAUCCAUUCCACGAAUUGGAUUGAUGACACUACGUCCAGGUAGUAGGGAUAUUCUUCCUUCGGGGGGUUCACCCUCCCCAGCGAUUUGCUCACACCUUACCGUGGUGCUGGGGUUCAGUAGCCUCGUCAGAGGUGAAGCCAAGAUGAGCAUGAUGUAUAUAGUG